AUGGACAAUGAUGGCAGCUUUUUCUUUGCACCUCUCGUGGAUUUAUUUAACUGCGACUACUUCAACACAUUGCAAAAAACAGGAUCCAAUGCAGAUUUCAAUGAGAAACAAUCCGAUCCAGAAUGCAAUCAGCAGCAGCAGCAGCAGGAGCGGCAGCUCGAGCUCGAGGAGGAGGAGGGAGGAGGAGGAGGAGGAGGAGGCGUCGGCGCUAACGGCGGCGGCCGAGGCCCAACCGCCGAACCGCCGCCCCCACCGCCCCCACCGCCGCCGCCGCCGGCGUGGGAGCCCAAGUACAGCCUGGUGCAGGAGGUCGGGCGCGGCAGCUACGGCGUGGUGUACGAGGCGGCGGUCCGGCGGAGCGGGGCCCGGGUGGCGGUCAAGAAGAUCCGCUGCGACGCGCCCGAGAACGUGGAGCUGGCCCUGUCCGAGUUCUGGGCCCUGACCAGCCUGCGGCGCCGGCACCGCAACGUCAUCCGCUUCGAGGAGUGCGUGCUGCAGCGCGACGGCCUGGCCCAGCGGAUGAGCCACGGCAACAAGCGCUCCGAGCUCUACCUGCGGCUGGUCGAGACGUCGCUGAAGGGCGAGCGGAUCCUCGGCGGGGCGGCGGCCGGCCAGCCCUGCUACCUGUGGUUCGUCAUGGAGUUCUGCAACGGCGGCGACCUGAACCACUACGUGCUGUCGCGCCGGCCCGACGCGGCCGUCAACACCAGCUUCAUGCUGCAGCUGACCAGCGCCGUGGCCUUCCUGCACAAGAACCGCAUCGUGCACCGCGACCUGAAGCCCGACAACAUCCUCGUGUCGCACGACUCGCCCGCCGGCCUGCCCGUGCUCAAGGUGGCCGACUUCGGCCUCAGUAAGGUGUGCGUGGUGGGGGGAGGUGGUGGUGGUGGAGGUGGCGGUGGUGGUGGCGGUGGGAUCAGCCACAAGAACGUGAACGUCAACAAGUGUUGGCUGUCCUCGGCCUGCGGCUCGGAUUUCUACAUGGCCCCCGAGGUCUGGGAAGGACACUACACGGCCAAGGCGGACAUCUUCGCCCUGGGCAUCAUCAUCUGGGCCAUGAUCGAGCGGAUCACCUUCAUCGACGCCGAGACCAAGAAGGAGCUGCUCGGCACCUAUGUCAGACAGGGCGGCGAGAUCGUGCCCGUCGGGGAGGCGUUGCUAGAGAAUCCAAAGAUGGAGCUGCACAUCCCCCAGAAAAGGAGGACUUUCAUGUCUGAAGGGAUCAAGCAACUUAUUAAAGACAUGUUGGCUGCUAAUCCACAGGAUCGCCCCGACGCCUUUGAAUUGGAAACGAGGAUGGACCAGGUUACCUGUGCUGCAUAAAUUAUCUAGUGUACAAGUGUGGAUGCCACCCUGAAGGUGGAUGAAUUGAAACGUGAGCUUGCUUUCUUUGAAGAAUGGAUGGAGCAGAUUAAUGGAAAUUAAACUGAACGCCUUCCUUCGAAUGUACUGAGAUGGUGACUUUGCUGCAUUUAAGCUUCAGCAGUAGCUGAAGAUGUCAGGACUGGGAAGCUAUGCAAUUAAAUUGCUAGGUUUUUAUUUGAAGGGGGAGAAUUUGUCAUGCAAGAAACCUGUAUUAUUUACACUGUUUGUACUUUCACUUUAUCUGAUUAAAUUAUCUGUGACCUCACAGAAUUAAUUGGGUGGAUUGAAUUGUUGAAACUGAGUAUUUACAAUCUGCAUGGUUAACUUAUUGUUUUGUGUAAUGCAUUAGAUUCAACUGGCAAGAAAGGUGACCUGCUCUUCUUGGUGAAGACCACCGGUGUGGAUGAUUAGGAUGAGUGACCAGAGUGCCUUAAAUUUAUUUGUCAAGCUUAUUGAUGCAAAGCAACAUUUGAAACCUACGAGAUUUUAAGAUCUAUUUUUUUGCUUGAGCUAUGAACGCAUUUGGAGAGCCAAUUUCCCUGCCCUGUUUUUAUUAAAAAGCAGGGUUCAACUAGCUUAAAAUAGUUCAAUUGUAGUUCUAUAAAGAAACCUUGACAGUUUGAAAGAUUGAAUUAGUUAAGUUUUGAUUGUUUCUUGAGUAGUAUUAUACAAAUGACAGGUGAAACCUGGUCUAGUAUAUUUCAAAGGGGUCUUGAGCUUUAGAUGCCCUACAACUAAAACAUAUUCAGUACUGUUUCGCAAGUCUAAUCGCCCCUUCCAUCAAAAACUAUUCAGUAGCUUCAGGUAUUCUGCAAAGGAGUAAGACUAGGUCACCUUUUGGGAUUCGGGUCCAUAGUAACGGCAACAUUUUGACUGCAAGAGUCGUAAGUGAAAUGCAAUAGAUUAAAUUAAGAUGGAUGUGUACAGUACAGGUUAUGGUUUUUGUAUUCUGUUGCUCGUUUCAGUAGUAAAUAUAUAUGGAGCUGACUAAAGCUGCAUUUGGGAAUCUGCACUAAAGUUGCCACAGAAGUGGAAGGCUCUGAGUAUUCGAAGACCUAAUAAACCAAGAUAUUAGGAUGAAAACUCCCAUCUGCUUGAAUUCUGGUGUCAGAUUAUGUCAACCUGCAUAUGAUCACUUGGGUUUACUGGGAACAUUCUAUAACUUUCAUUUUCACUCAAAUGAAAAGUAUUUUCAAGACAUUACUUUUCAGACUUUAGCAGUGGAGGGGUAAGAUCAAUUUCGUCUAUUUCUAAAACCACUAGAGAUUUGAGUAUUGGAUUUUUGAUAAGAUGGUGUAGAGAAACCUAUUUGAAAACCUUUUAAAUCGAGAAACUGUAAAUAGGGUAGGAUUAUAUGGUUCUCAUGAGUGCCAUUAACCUUUCAUCAUGUAAUGCUGAAUCAUCUGUUUUUGAUCAACAUUUUAAGGCCAUUUGCAAAGUAAAUAAGUCAUCUGCAUUUUUCAUUUAGGUUUUCAAAAAGAGAAGGUAGUUUCAUUUUCAAUAUUUGUUGUUGCAUUGCAGAGUUGAGAUCAAGCUCUGAUAUCAAACAAAAUAGAAGAUCCAAUAUACUAGAUGUACAGUUUUCACUUGAUCAGCUUGUAAAUAAUUUCUCUGAAAACAUUACAGCAGAAUUGAAGUCUUGGAAUUUUUUUUAAGUCAAACUACAAAGCAUUCACAGAAAUUCUUGAGAUAAUAUAGUCCAAUUUGCUGCUGAAUCUUUAUUGCUUCUAAUGAUGAGAGCAAUUUUUUUAAUUUAAAAAAAAUUUGAACACUGCUUCUAGAUAUGGACCAAAACCUAGUGAACUAAACUCAGUUGUUCACCACAUUACAUUCUAAAUAAUGACUGGAGUGAUUGCAAGACUUUCAUUUUGAGAUUCAGAAGUAUAAACUAUUUAUAGGUUUCCUCUCACAGCUUAACAUUCUGUAUCUUUUUGACUUUAAUCUUGUGAACUACUGUAGUUACUACCAUCACUUAUUCGUGCAUAACAUUCAGAAUGCUUUUCAGAAAAUGCCCCAGUGUGUUGGAAUUAAGAGAUGUAUAAACUUUUUGUCGCUGCUGUUGGAGCUCUCUUUAUUUUAAAAUCUUCAUUUCACUAUAGGAGCUGACUGGAGCCAUUCUUUGUGUUUCAAAGCAGAGGAAAAAGCCAUGAACUGACAAAUGUGGGCACCUCAUUGUGUUAUAUGGACUGAUGUCUUUUCCGUUCUUGUGUGCUGAUCCUGUAACCAUCAAUACAACUUACUGAUCGGUUAUUAUAUUCUCAGCUAAUAUGGAAUUUGCAGGACUAGGAAGGAAGCUUUCUGAGUUAUUGAGUAACAACCACAUGUUGACAGACCAGAUUUUUUCCCAUCAGUGAGAGGUGGGGUGGUUGUUCUCCAGUGUGUUGGUAAGAGAAGUAAUUCUGUUAUUUUUUUUAAAAAAAGUAAAUUCCUCUCCUUUCUCCUCCCUUUCCAACCAUGUGGAGUACGUUUACAUGAAGUUGUAAAUGCCCUCGGUCACUGUAAUCUUUCCCUUCAACAUUAUAAUUUCUGAUGGGCAUUUAAUGUUAACUGGUGGAAGUGGUGAGGAGGAAUUUGAAAAUCGUCAAACCCAUUUAUUUCUACGUAUACCUGAAAAGGGAUUUCUUUAUCAUUGAGAUGACUACAAAGCAGCAAAGCUCUUGUAACUGAAAUGUUGUGCUCAUUAAUUGAUGAACCAAUUCAGAUUAUAGCAGUUAUGUGCUGUUCUUUUUACUAGUUCACUUACAUAACCACAUGAAUAGCAAGUGAUUGCAUUUUUUCAGCCUCAGCAGUUGAAGAUACAAAAUAGUUUAUGCAUUUAGUAGAUAAGCUGCUUCCCUUUUGUUCAAAAUUACUUGGCAUGUCAUUCUACGUGGAUAUUAUAAUGUGGUGGGGUGGAGGGGAGGGUGAUGAAACGGAUUCUGGGAGCAGUAACUGAAUGCCAGUUGUGUGAUGUGAUCAUUUGGGACAUGUUUACUGAUGUGUUAAAAUAUGUGGUUUACAGAAGGAUUUGUUUCAAGAGAAUCCUCGAUUGUCUCUACCUCGUAUUCAGGGUGUCUGUCACCUGAGUUAUGCCGGAUGUUGAAACACUGCUCGCUCUGUCUGUAUAGUUUAGAUGUUUGCCCUCUUCUGUUUUUUAAAUGCAAAUUCAUUCUGUUAGGUUAACUGUCUUAUGGAGAAACUUUACACUUCUAUGCAAAUUUUAUGUAUUUUAUUCCGAUUUUGAAACACUGUAACAGUACCACAAUCACAAUAUUUAUGUGGUCCUUGUGUGUGGAAUGCAAGACAUUGUUGUGGACCAAUGUUUGAGAUGCAGUUUUGUGAUUUUGUACUUUACCAUUGAUUUGUAGUUUUGGACUGGAGCUUUUUGAGCAAUAGUUCAAAUGAUGUGUUCACAAAGAAAAACAUUUGACAUUCAUUUGCAUUUGUGUUGAGCAAUAAAGGGUUGAAACCA